AUGUUUGCCGUGCAGCUGGAAGGGUUUUAUUGGGUGGAGUGCGUCAAUGGCAGCGCCUCGUUUGCGUACUGUCCAGGGGAUGGGGCUGUGCACCGCUGCGGCAACAUGCCGGAGUGUACUGUGUACGCUCCCACUGGCAUCUGUCCCUCUUCUCUUGAGAGUUGCCGCUACCUCUGCGCUGACCGCUACGCGUUUCUCCUCGGUGGCGUGUGUGACUUUCGGGUCAGGUUUUACAACAACAACGGCACCCUUAAGGGACAUGUGCGUCGCCCGCCGACCUUGUGGGGUCGCUGCUGCUGCUGCCACACCUGA